CUGGGCUGCUGAUUGAGUCAGCCUUAGUCCCUCACUGCACGUCUCCUGAAGUUCAGCCGUGAAACUCGGCUGCCAGGGGAGCCGAAGUCACCCUACGAAGGUGUCUGAGCCAUACUGGACCCCUCCAGGGAGCCACGUGUGUCCAGCUGGGGCACUGCCCCAGCUGAUGCCCCACAGGGGUCCCCCGUCUCAAGAGGGACUCUGGACCCUGCCCUGCCUCCUCAUGGCGCAUGAGCCAGAGCCUGAGACUGAUGGACUGUUAGACCUCAGCUUCCUGACAGAAGAGGAGCAGGAGGCCAUUGCUGACGUCCUGAAGCGAGAUGCCCGCCUUCGCCAGUUGGACGAGGGCCGGGUCAGCAAGCUCCGGGCCUCGCUGGCAGACCCCGGGCAGCUGAAGAUCCUGACGGGAGACUGGUUCCAGGAAGCGCGCUCACAACGGCACCACCAUGCCCACCUUGGCUCUGACCUUGUCCGAGCCUCUAUCCGCAGAAAGAAGAGCUCCAGGGGCACGGGAGACCAGGCUCCAGGCAGCGAUAGGGAGGCUGAGGCUGCGGCUGCUGAAGAAGAAACUGAAGAGGAGCUGGAGCCCAGGCUCCCCACGGACGAGGCCCCCCAAGAGAUGCUCAGCAAGGCUGAGGAACCUGAUUCUCCCUCACCAUAUGUCCCCCUAAAGACUUCAGAGCAUGAGGAAGAGCCCCAGGCCCAGGAAGCCCCGGGCCCAGGGGCCCCACAGGUCUACGCGGUGGAGGCGGACCCGGAGCCCAAGCCGCGGUCGCGGGGAGAGGAGCCACCGCCUACUACAGCCCAGACCCAGGUGGCGCCAGAGAUCCUGGAGAACGGAGAGGAGGCCCCGGGGCCCGACCCCUCACUCGACCGCAUGCUCAGCAGCAGCUCCUCCGUGUCCAGCCUCAACUCCUCUACGCUGAGCGGCAGCCAGUUGAGCCUGUCCGGGGAGGCGGAGGCGGGCGCCGUGCAGGUGUGCGGCUCUGUGCACUUCGCGCUGCGCUACGAGCCGGGCACCGCGGAGCUGCGCGUGCACGUGAUCCAGUGCCAGGGCCUGGCGGCCGCGCGACGCCGCCGCUCGGACCCCUACGUCAAAAGCUACCUCCUCCCGGAUAAGCAGAGCAAACGCAAGACGGCGGUGAAGAAAAGAAAUCUGAACCCGGUCUUCAAUGAGACUCUGCGGUACUCCGUCCCGCAGGCCGAGCUCCGGGGCCGCGUGCUGAGCCUAUCCGUGUGGCACCGCGAAAGCCUUGGUCGCAACAUCUUUCUGGGCGAAGUCGAAGUGCCUCUGGACACGUGGGACUGGGGCUCUGCAUCCACCUGGCUCCCCCUGCAGCCCCGGGUCCCGCCCUCUCCCGACGACCUUCCCAGCCGCGGGCUGCUCUCUCUGUCGGUCAAGUAUGUCCCCGCCGGCUCCGAGGGCGCGGGACUGCCCCCCAGCGGGGAGCUGCACUUCUGGGUGAAGGAAGCUCAGGGCCUCGUGCCGCAGCGCUCAGGAACCCUGGAUUCCUACGUACAAUGUUCAGUGCUGCCUGAUGACAGCCGGGCCAGCCGCCAAAGGACAAGGGUGGUGCGACGCAGCCUCAGCCCUGUGUUCAACCAUACCAUGGUUUAUGAUGGCUUCGGGCCUGCUGACCUGCGCCAGGCCUGUGCUGAGCUCUCCCUCUGGGACCAUGGGGCCCUGGCCAGCCGCCAGCUGGGGGGUACACGCCUCAGCUUGGGCACAGGCAGCAGCUAUGGGCUGCAGGUGCCCUGGAUGGAUUCCACACCAGAGGAGAAGCAGCUGUGGCAGACACUCCUGGAGCGACCAUGCGAGUGGGUGGAUGGCCUUCUGCCACUCAGAACCAACCUGGUCCCCAGGACAUAGUUCUCCUAUAAGCCACCCAACUUCUCUCGGGACCCCCAUCUCAGGGCCUGCCCUUGGCUAAAACCAAUAAAGUUUAUUCUAAGGGCA